CAGGCGUAACCUGCUUUAUUUCAAAAAUGGUGUACCGCUGUGUUUUUCUGUUUCUGUCUCUGAAUCUUUGUCAUCUGAACACAGUAUGCUGUCAUCUAAGUGAGGUCGAACUGGAAUCGCAGUCAGGGUCAAAAGCCUACGCUGCGUCCGAGCCGCAGGAGCCUGGCUGUGGCUGUCAGACCUCGCGGAGAGAUGGAGUCGGUGCUAACGUGGGAGAAAACACUUUAAUUUCCGAAAAUCCUGCCGACAAAUACUCCAAACUCGCAAACGAAAAACCUGAAACUAUACCGGAGCGUGACAUACGGAGUAAACUGGUUCUGUUGAAGGGUGGUUGGUUUCUGAUGGGUACCGAUGAUCCCGCUAUACCUCAGGAUGGGGAAGGUCCUCAGAGACGGGUGUGGCUGGACCCAUUUUACAUAGAGGAACAUGAGGUCACCAAUGAACAAUUCCAAAGCUUUGUUAACCAAACAGGCUUUAUCACAGAGGCCGAGCGCUUUGGAGACUCAUUUGUAUUUGAGGGACUUCUGAGUGAGGAAGUGAAAAGUACUCUAUCACAUGCGGUGGCUGCUGCCCCCUGGUGGUCACCUGUGAAAGGAGCAAACUGGAGACACCCAGAGGGACCAGACUCAACCAUCACUCAACGGAUGAAGCAUCCCGUGUUGCAUGUGUCGUGGGCGGACGCUCAGGCCUACUGUGUGUGGGCCCAGCGCAGGCUGCCCACAGAGGCAGAGUGGGAGUAUGCCUGCAGGGCAGGACUGCAGGACAGACUGUACCCGUGGGGGAAUAAGCUGAUGCCCAGGGGGGAGCACUAUGCUAAUCUCUGGCAGGGAGAAUUUCCCGGUCACAACACGGCAGAGGACGGCUACGUCGCCACGUCACCGGUGAUGUCAUUUCCUGCUAAUGGGUUUGGACUGUAUGAUAUGGUGGGAAAUGCCUGGGAAUGGACAGCAGACUGGUGGAGCACACGGCACACCACAGAUGACAAACACAACCCUAGGGGGCCAGAGUCAGGAACAGACAGAGUGAAGAAAGGAGGUUCCUACAUGUGUCACAAGUCCUACUGUUACAGGUACAGGUGUGCAGCGCGCAGUCAGAACACUCCGGACAGUUCUGCGUCAAACCUGGGCUUCCGCUGUGUCUCAGACCCUGAUGUAUGACCCCUGCUCCCCACGGCGAUAACGAUAAUGACGACUGUGUGUGUGUCUGGUCUCUUCCCUCUGACCACACCCUGCACUCUUCCAGCUGGAUCUAACAAAAUUUCACCUUUUUUGUUUUUCACCAUUUUUAAAAUAUCAUUCCGACUGUGAUUUUUCU